AUGUCGACUCCGUUGAGCCUUCGGGCUCACGGCUCUUCCCAGCUCCCAAUACUAGACACAAUCGGUAUCGGUUCUUUAGUUGCCGCUACCAUAUGGACGCUUUCUGUGUUUUCUGCCCUAGUGUGGAUUCUGCAUAACAUGCACAUAAGGCCGAUUCGUCUUUUAAACCUCCAUGUCCUUUUCUGGUCUGUUAUCAUCCUUCAUGGCUUUUGGCUCGUCAAUGUGCUUGCCUAUCCGCUGAUGGGACCCAUGUCCUGCGCAAUGGAGUUCUGGUUGAUGUCCCUGGUUCUACCGAUCGGCGUCAUGCUAUAUCAGUUUCAUAACUUUGACGUCCUCGCGUUGAUCAUGGGUUACCGAACAAACACCGAAGAUGAUCCCUUGUACUACCAGGAUCGUGGUUUCCGAGGGAUACUUCGCCGUUGGGAGCGCUACUGGCUGGCUCCACCAGUAAUUCGUGCAGCGGAGCUUGUCUUUUUACUCUUAAUGAUACUGUGGCAGUUCCCUAUCUCUCUAGUGAACUAUCUCACUUCCAACAAAUUCCAAGAGCAUGGACUCUGGUCAUCUUUUGGCAACGAGUUCGAAUGUCGCAGAGGAUUGGAGUGGUUUCCAGCAAUUUUUUGGCCAAGUGCCUGGGGCCUUAUUGUACUCCCAUGGGCUCUGUGCACACACCGGGGUUUGCCUGAGAUUCAGUCAUGGCGUCCUCAAACAAUAUGGUCCCUGUUGGCUGUAAUGUACAGUGUAGUGCUUUGGGUUGUUAAAGUUGCUGCUAGAAAACCCGACGACAGUGAGCUUGACAGCUUCUGGGGAUCAACACUAUGGUUUCUUCCUCUCGUCACAGUCUUAGAAGCUGCAGCACUCUACUUGCCCCUCCAAACCAUCUCCUACAUGAGGAAGUUCCUACGCCUUUGUGCACAAAAUCACACAGUUGUUGAGCCCCUUGAGACACCUCCACUGUCACCAACAUCACCCAGAGCAGAUCUGAAUGCAGUGAUUGACGGAGACAUGAGCGCUAUUCUCUCGUUUGUUCUUACAAAAGAUUAUUCUGCAGAAAACAUUCUCUUCCUACGCCAUGUUCGCAACUGGAAAGCCAACUGGGAGCGUUUUUCAGCAGAUCAUGACAAUCCUGAAUCCCUCCGCCGCCACAUGUUCACUCACGCUGUUGAAAUUUACUCAACAUACGUCAGCCUGCGCACCGCCAAUUUCCCAGUCAACAUCGAAGCGGCCAUCUCCUCCGCCCUUGACAAUAUUUUCUCCGAAGCCACACAGUUAAGCGCCUCUGGCGACUCUGGCAACCUGAUCACUCCGUUUGAUUCUGUUAUCGACACCAGCCAGGGAAACAAUAGCGAGCCGGCCAUCCCGCUUCGAAAUCUUGGUCGUCAGUCUUCCAGUUCCUCGCGGCCUAGGCGUGCCCCAAGCAUGACAGAAAAUGCUUCUAGUGAGAUGGUUGAGCGGUACGUGGAAGUCAUUCUAGCCGACCUUAAGAAGAUAGAAGAGCGCCCAUCGAGCAUGCCCGAGGCAUUCACCAUUCCCGAAGCUUUUGAUAAGGAUGUAUUCGAGGAGGCUGAGAGGUCCGUUAUGAAUCUGGUGUUGAGGGAUACAUGGCCGAAGUUUCUGAGGUCUGAAGGGCGACACGAGGCUGGGAGAGCCACCGAGAGUGCAUAGGGACUUUGAAGGAUGAAAUAAAGCAGGGUUGAAAAGAUUUGGAGAUGUUGAGAAAGGUUAUUGCUAUUGUUUUAAAGAUAUCUUGUGGCUCUUCUGGUUUCUCUGGAUAUCAAAGUGAGUACUCCGUACACAAGCUCUAGGUACUACUCCUCUCCAACCUUAAAGAAAUGUUAAAAGUGAAGAAUGUAAGCAUG